AAACAACAGGCCAGCAGUAGAGAUAAAACAUACUUAACAUGGCUAUUUCUCCAAACACGACCAGCUCGUCCGCAGCCAACCUUCCAAUUAUCGACUUCUCCAAACUCGAAGGCUAUAAGAACUCGGAUGGCGCCAUUACAGCAGAAGAGAGCUCUGUGGAAAAGCGAAAGCUGUUUCAGGCCUUGAAGGACGUUGGUUUCGUCUACCUCAGAAACCACGGCAUCGACGAAUCUGCCGUGCAGACGAUCUUUGCGCACGCCGCGCGAUUUUUCUCACAGCCUAUCUCUGAAAAGGAGAAGGUGGAAACCGGUGAAAGCAAGUUCUUCCACGGCUGGUUCUCGCCAGAGCGGACCUCCGGGUCUUCGAAAUUCUCAGACCAGAAGGAGGCGUUUGAUCUGGGCGAUGACAGCGAUGUGACGCGACCAAAUCAGUGGCCGGCAGACUGGCCCGAGUUCAGGACCGAUAUGAAUGCGUUCUUUGAGAGGAGCCAUGACAUCCAUCUCGGUUUGCUGAGCACGUUAGCGGAGGAGGUCGGGCUGCCGCGGAACUACUUUUUGCAGUAUGUGCAGGACAAGGACCAUUUCUUUCGCGUCCUGCAUUAUCCAGAGACGACGAUAGAUACGUUUGAGACCCGGGUGCGAGCAGGCGUACAUACUGAUUAUGGCACUUUGACAUUGCUAUUCAAUGACAGCAAUGGAGGGUUGCAGGUUCGUGGAAAAGACGGACGGUUCUUUGACGUGCCACCAAUCCCGGGCUGCGCCAUUAUAAAUGUUGGUGACCUGCUCUCUCGCUGGUUCAAUGGCGUGCUGAAGUCGACCGAGCACCAAGUGAUCGAACCGCCGACAAACGAAGCUACACGCGCUACCCUUGGAGGAACGAUACAUUCUCGAUACGCAAUCGCGUGGUUUGGUCAUCCCAAUAGAAAUGCAUUCAUUGAACCACUUAGUGUUUGUGUCACAGAAGACAACCCUAAGCAUUUCGAAGGCGUAUUUGCGGGCAAGCAUGUGGUGGAUAGACUUGCGAAGCUACAUAAGGACGGGAAGAAUUCUGAAAGUUGGGAGGAUAAUAUGUAUAGGGAGAAUAAGUCUCAGGGGCUGUAG